AUGAGACAGAGCGGCGCCUCCCAGCCCCUGCUGAUCAACAUGUACCUGCCAGAUCCCGUCGGAGAUGGUCUCUUCAAGGAAGGGAAGAGCCCCGGGUGGGGGCCGCUGAGCCCCGCGGUACAAAAAGGCAGCGGGCAGAUCCAGCUGUGGCAGUUUCUGCUGGAGCUGCUGGCGGACCGCGCGAACGCCGGCUGCAUCGCGUGGGAGGGCGGCCACGGCGAGUUCAAGCUCACGGACCCAGACGAGGUGGCGCGGCGCUGGGGCGAGCGCAAGAGCAAGCCCAACAUGAACUACGACAAGCUGAGCCGCGCGCUGCGCUACUACUACGAUAAGAACAUCAUGAGCAAGGUGCACGGCAAGCGCUACGCCUACCGCUUCGACUUCCAGGGCCUGGCGCAGGCCUGCCAGCCGCCCCCCGCGCACGCCCACGCCGCCGCCGCUGCCGCCGCCGCCGCCGCUGCCGCCCAGGACGGUGCGCUCUACAAGCUGCCGGCCGGCCUCGCCCCGCUGCCCUUCCCCGGCCUCUCCAAACUCAACCUCAUGGCCGCCUCGGCCGGCGUCGCGCCCGCCGGCUUCUCCUACUGGCCGGGCCCGGGCCCCGCCGCCACCGCCACCGCCGCCGCCACCGCUGCUCUCUACCCCAGCCCCGGCUUGCAGCCCCCUCCCGGGCCCUUCGGCGCGGUGGCCGCCGCCUCGCACUUGGGGGGCCAUUACCACUAGGCGGGGCGGCCGGGUGCCGGGCGGCUUCCCCCAGACGCCAGGGCGUCGUCCAAACCCAUCCCCGUCCCGGGGAGGGCGCCCGGAGCCUCCCUCACUGUUCCUCUGACCUCAGAUUUACUCCACCCGCCGCGCCCAGCCCCAAGGGAGGGACCAGAAGCCUAUUCCAUCUUCCUUAACACUGGAUUUCCUCCGCGUCACCCCCUAAGCCCCGGAGGCGAGGGGGUGAGUGACUGUGGCCUCCCCCCACCCUAUUCUUUAACCUCCAUCUACUUCUCGGCCCCAGCUCCCUGAAGGGGGGUCCCGGACCUGCCCUGUCUUUUUCUCCCCUCCGCCUGUACUUUGGCCUGGCUCCUGGAAGCCCCCUCCAUUUUGACACCACUUUUUUGAAUUCCAAACCUUUUCUCAUUUUUUCUCUCUCCCACGGAGCUGCCCCAUCCCGGUAUGGUGGAGGCCUGCCCAGUCCCCUUUCUUCUCCCCGGCACCUCAGCUGGCUUGGUUAAGGGCCACUGGCUCCCAUGACACAUGUAGGUAGC